CACACACACAUAUAUAUAUACAUGUACAUGCACAUAUAUGUUUAUGUUCCUAUGCGUGUAUUGAGUUGACGGAAAUAACAAAAUGAAAUACGCAUGAUCAAUUAUUUACCAGGGACCGUACUUAGUGUGAUUAACAUUAUUUUAACCAUAUUAUACAUCGCUGUGAACAUUCUAUUCUAACAGGAUAACAAUCAUGGCUAACUUACCAGGGAGCUACCAUAGUAUACAAGUUACUCUAUGCAUUGGAUUAUUGGUCUUAACAGACUUGAUCCAUGCAGCGCUUCUGUGUUCACGAUGUGAUUCCAGAGGAGACAGAUACUAUGGUGAAUGCGAACAGUCACCUCCUACUCCCUCGCCAUGUCCUGAAAAUAAUGCUAAUUUCUGUUCCAUAGUCAGAGAAACAAACGAUAAUGGUAUCCAGAUUUUAUUUACGCGAGGCUGUGCAACCUUUUUCCAAGACGAAAAAUGCAUAAUAAGGAACGUAACGAGAGGUCGACAGAAAAAUGUAUGUUUCCGUACAUGUGCCACAGACGGAUGCAAUGCUGAAGGAUUGAAACUUCGAGCGUCUUCUCUAAAUAUCCAAGCUUCUUUCAGUUUUGUUAUUGCUACAACUUGUUUCAGUUUCUUCCAUUGAAUUUUAUAUUUGUUGUUCGUUUCCUUAUCCUAUUAUUGAGGAUGGCGGAGAGGUUUAAACUGAUUGGUGCAAACCAGUUUAUGAUCCGGUUUCGAUUUCUACUUGAAAACUAUUUUACAUAUUUUGCCAAUAGCAACAACUUCUUCAAAUUUUUUUCUUUGGCGGCAAAUCGAAAAUGUCAUGUCUGUGUGAAAAAUCAAAAUGCAUUAAUUAUUCGCCUUUGGUUAUUUCAUAGUGAGCUUUUGCACACGGUUCUUAUCUCGUUUGCUGAGGCAUAUCUAUUGACUUUUCCUCCGGUGUGUUUUAUAUUAAUCCAUCGGCAAAUAUCAACAUGACGUUAACGAUUCGUUCGAAGAAGAAUAGAAAAACUAUGGUUCACAGUGCUUAUUUUUAUUGAGAAGUGAAAAUUUUGCUUCCCAGUACUCUACGACGGUAUAAUAUAAAGUGAAGGUAAAGGAUUUAAAGGAGAAUAUUAUAUACACUCAUAUAUGUAAGCAUCAAAAUUAGCAGUGAGGUAUACUCACUCACACACACGCAUACACGCACAUACAUACAUAUAUAUUCACCUGAACUGAAGAUCGUGUGUUUGACAGAGAAUGAGUGAGAAAAGAAAGGGAAAAUAAGAAUGAGAAUGAAUAUAAAAAUGAGAGAGAGAAAAGAGAACAGCCAUAUUUAAAAAAAAAAGGAACAAAUAGUUUUCAAAAUCUUAUUGAAUAAAAGUAUCGCCAAAUUUAAUCGUGCAAAAAAAAAAAUUAAUCAUAUUUAGAAAUGCAUGAAGCAAUCAUGGAUAUUUUCAAGUUUUGCAGGUUAACAUGUUUUAUAUGUUUUAAAAGUGCUGCCAGCUUCAUUUAUUUAUAUUAAAUAUGGAUCCAUUUACAUGAGGUAAAAGACAAGUAAAAUUGAAGAACAGGACUAAUACUAAAACACAAUGUGGCAGAAUGUAGAAGGGAAAACCAAGAUAAACUUCUAUUGUAUGCAAUUAAAAUGUCAGCCGGAUCUAUAUGAUUUUUGACUUACCUUGACUAAAUACAAUGCCAUUUUAUAAUGACGCAUUUUAUGAAGUUACUACAGGGUUACCCCGUAGAUAGGUUACUUUGGACGUAUACUUUUGUCACCAUUGGUAAUAUCAGGAAAUAUAUGCAAUAAUUAUAAUUCAACUUUUAUCAAAUUUCUUGUUGAUUAUAAAAAAAUGAUGAAAGAAAAUGCUAAUUUCCAAAAGAAAAAUAUUUAUUGCAUUGAAAUAAAAUCCAAUAUCCCAAAUUUCACAAUUAUAUAAAGCCCUCCUUAACUUCUAUGCCAUUUACUUCUUUUCCCUUCCUCUUCAGUUAUAAUUCUUUCUUUCUAACUGUGUGUAGCGUUCCUUUUACUCAUUGCCUGCCUCAAAGCUUAGUAUGUGCACCCAUCCUGCACUUCAUAUGUUAACUCAACGUAUCUUUCUUCUACUUCUCUCCCUCGCAAUCUCUCUCUAGCUCUCUUUCUUUCUCUCUGAGAAAUUGCAGCUAAGUAGAUUCUAAUUAAUUUCAAAGUAAUCAAGAGUACACAUUUCUGUGAAGUAUUUAAACGAACAUUUUAGCAUCCCGAUUGCCACAAACAACUUAACUUGUUGCAAUUCUUUGUAAAACAAGCAAUGUGGCAUUUUAUCGUCGUCACGCAUCUUAUCUUAUAUCAUGCAGAGUUUAGAUCAUCACGCUAGUUUCUAAUAUAUUCCUCGAAUUAGCAACAACUCGUCUCUAAAACCCUAAACAUUCAUAGAUAUCGACGAGUUUAUUUCUUGGAUUACGAAAGAUAAAUGGUCACAAUGCAUUUUCUCCCUGUAAAUUAUCCAGUUAUUCUGACUCGUAUCGUGCAAUAAUUCACGUUACAGUGAGGCUAAUUUGUGAUGAUGAAAACUACGUUAUGAUCGUUUCAGACUGUUUCCUGAUCACACGCAAAGGGGUUCGAAAAAAUUAACUGGUUAGUUAUUUCCUAUUCAGGGUGUUGGUCAUUUGUGCAAACAGUCUAAAUAGGUGAAAGCAGCAGUCAUUUUCAGUUUCUCACCAUUUAAAAAGUGUAGUAGACAUUAAGAUUUUUUAUAACAGGUAAACAGUGCAAUCUUCAAAAACCGCUGGCGGUGAUACUUGAGAUUUUU